UCCCACACAAAGUACAACGACAUUUGUGUCCAGUAUUCUCUGCGCAUUACCUUUGCUUACUCUUUGUCCCUUGGUUAACAAAAUCUAUUGCUUCCUUCGUAGUUCACUCUCCAAAAUCCCAAUCUAACACUCAAACAAUCGCCAUAGAGAUUCGACACAGACAUACAAGUGAGUUGAAAGGCACGAGUCUCCUAGAAAUGCGGAGCUUAACCUCGGGUCCCUUACUCACUGUGUCCCCAACAUCUUCCUCAAAAUCCUCUAUUUCCAUCAAACAGCCCCAACCCUUUUCCCCUCCUCCUCCCAGGGUUUCUCAUCACUCAUCACUUCCCAAAUUAGGAGGAGCAUGUAGAGCUACUCAAGUUGUCGACCUCUUCCCGGCCGUGUCUCCGGGUAUUGUUGUCCGGGAGGCACGGUUAGAGGAUUGUUGGGAAGUGGCUGAGACUCACUGCAGCUCGUUCUUUCCCGGAUAUUCCUUCCCUUUGGAUUUCGCGCUACGAGUUAAUAGACUGGUGGGAAUGCUUUCCGGAUUCUCGAUUCCUUCUGGUUGCAGGAGAACUUGUUUGAUUGCCGUCAUUGGUGGUUCGGUUGACAACAUGUUCUUAAUUGGAGCUGAAGAUUUCAAAGUCGGGGCUUUCGAUGGGAGAUUUAGUCUUAAUAAAGGCUAUGUGACUGGUAUAUUAACCAUCGAUACCAUUGCUGAUUUUCUUCCUAGAAAAGGACCACUUCUGCAGAGAAGGACUGGAAUUGCAUACAUAUCAAAUGUUGCGGUUCGCGAGAGAUUCCGUCGGAAGGGAAUAGCCAAAAGGCUCAUAGCCAAAGCAGAAGCUCAAGCGAGAAGCUGGGGCUGCCGUGCCGUUGCUUUGCACUGCGAUUUGAACAACCCUGGUGCAAUAAAACUGUACAAAGACCAGGGUUUCAGAUGCAUUAAGGUUCCAGAAGGAGCAAAUUGGCCUCAGCCGAAGACUGCGCCCGGCGUGAAGUUCAACUUCAUGAUGAAGCUUCUUAACUCCCCCACGACCGCAUAAAUUCCUUUACAAACAUAGCAAGAUAACUGAAAAACUCAUUGAAGAUGCAAAUAUGUAUUAUAUCCGAGAUUAGUUUGUAUAUAAUUUAAACAUCAUCGAAUUUGUUUCAGACAUUUGUAGUUACUGUGAUAAUUGUCUGUAAUGUUAAUGUUUCAAUCA